GAAUAUUUAUUUACAUUUUAUCCCCCAUAGAUGGCUUAUUUACUUGCACGCCUGAAAUAUAAUUUGCUGUCGUAUCAAUAACGACUGUUUCAACUUUGAAGAAAGGCUCGAUCCUUUUGGAGGUGAAUCAAUAGGCUAUUGCAGUUUUGUUUUGUUUUUUUCAGUCUUGCCUGUCAUGUUCCAUUAUCUUCUGAAGAGGAUCGCGAAAAAAAAUGAGUUCAAGUAAUCCACUGUCUAAUCAGGUGGCUUUCAAUGAGGCUGUUGCUGAAGUUUCAUGUGAACCAAUAAAGAAACACGUUCAAGAAGGUAUUGGAAAUACAAAUAGAAAACCUCCGAAACGUUCGAAGCGUAAACAAACAUUUGGAGCUAACAAUCUGCCAGAAAUAGAUGAUAAUAAUACAAUAAGCGAAAGAGUAGAAAUUAUUCACAAGACUGUUGGAGUUAACAAUUUCCCUAAAAUAGAUGAUCAUGAAAUAAGCGAAGGUUUUGAAGUGAACCGCCAGCAGUCACGUAAAACAUAUGAGCGUAAACGUUCUCGAAACGUUGUGUUUGAUAAUAUAACGCUUCGCAAAGAGCCUUUACCUCAAGAAACAGAUAAGAUUGAAUACUCUCAAAAGACAGCAAAAAGGGUUCCAGUAUGCCGGGCGAUCAUAAAUGCUGGAAAAGGCGUUAAACGUUCUGAAAUAUUUGAUAACGAAAUAAGGGAAAGUUUUGAAGUGAACAGACAGUCGCGUCGUGAAGAGGCUAAAUCUCUAGAAACAGAUAGUCUUGAACAGUCUCAAAAUGCAGUGAAAAGUGUUUCGCAAUCCCGUACAAUCAUCAGUGCUCGGAGAGGCGUUAGAAAGCCACAACGAAGAACAGAAGACAAAUUUGAAUCAUGUGAGAGCAGAGAGAGAUGUAGAUUGAAUGAAGAAUUGUUUACUCCCGACGAACUUGCUUGCUUAGAAAAAGCUGGGGUUCCGCAUCCAAUUACGUCUGAGCAACUAGUAUCUAUUACUGAAGCAAUUUAUAAAGAAUACCAUUCCGAAAUCGUCGUUUGUGCUGUUUGUGAUGAAAUGUUUAGUCAUUUGGAAACCAAACUUAUGAGUGCAGCUGAUCUGCCAAUCAGUUUUUUCAGUGUUUUACGUAAACCUUCUGGAUUGCCUAAUGAAGUCCCAGCUUUACAUCCACUUCUUCUACAGCAAUAUGAUGUUAGUCAUUACUUUCCAGCUGAUCCACGGUUUCAAGGAUUAUUAAUAUCACCCCGAGGUCUGGAAAUUCACCACAAAAAAUGCUUAGUGAAAUAUCAGAACUGUUGUGAAUCUCAACUUUACAUUUGCGUUACUAACGGAUGUUUAACAGCUCUUCAACACAACAAGAUCCCCAAGUUUGCGAUUGCUCAUGGCAACUAUAUUGGUCAACUUCCGGAAGCGAUACGAGAAAUGACAUUUGCCUCUAGAUCCUUAAUUCGGCCAAUAACUUCAUUCGGUCGAAUGGCUUGUUACUCUGAUACUAGUGGAACGCGGCUAACAGGUCAUGUUUAUUCAAACCGUCUAAAUACAGCCCUAGUAAGGCAGAAGCUUCCGAUGGCCCCUGCAACUACAGCAAUUCGGGUAUUGAUCGUUUCCCCAAUGGCUUCCGACCAAACAGCUGUAUCAAGAGGGAAGAUGGCAUCAGUGAAGUCCGAUUAUAUUAUUGAACCCGAAAAGAUUGCUAGUUCUUUACGCGUUUUCCGAGAUGUUGGUAACAAAGUCAUGAAAAACGUUGAAAUAGAUCAAGAUGCAAUCAACAAUUUGCCUUCUGAUAAAACAUCAGUGGACAUGCUAUUUACGACAGAACAGGAAACUGAAGAUUCUCAUCAAGAUCCUGAUUUAGUUCAAUCAGUUGAAUUCGACAACGGUACAGGUGGACCUUCUCUGUCUAGAUCAAAUGAAGAAUUUCUUGACGGGGUUUUUGAAUCCGCAACUGUUACAAUUGGAACUGUAGAACCGGAAGAGAUCAACGAUCAUGGGAAAAUAGCUCGUGUAUUACACACGAUACUUGACGAAGGCACAUCUUCAAAUGAGGUGACUAGCAAAGAUGAUCUGGGAACGAAUAAAAGUUCGUCUACUUAUGUUGUUCGCCCAGAAAAGGAAUUCAUGUCGGAUUCCAACCCUGAUUACCUUGAGCUCCAUUAUCCGGAUUUAUUCCCAUUUGGAUGUGGUGGAUUCGGAGAGCAACGGAAGAAUCCAAUUUCGAGAAAAGCAUUAGUUCAGCACCUCCUUAAUUUAAGUUCAAGACAAUUCCAGCAAGUGGAUUUUGUUUUACCCAUUUACGACAUGGUGACACGCCAGCAAGUGUCCAAUAUGGCGUAUGUACGUUCCAUUCUUCCUUCUCGAUUGUCAGGAUCAGAGAGGGGCACUACAAAUUCCAAAGGAGAAGUGUAUGGACGAGUUUCGAUGGAAGAUUUGAGAGCUGCCCAUGGUUAUAAAGUUACCUGCUCCGAAGCAGCAAGUCAAGGCUGCCGGUUUCCCUUGCCUCCAGCGAGUUUAAACGGAUUAGCAAUAGAUUUCUUCACGGACAUCGGAAUUUCUACGCAACCCAUGCAGCAUUCACAGGCAGCAGCAAAUCGAAAUCGCCAAAAGGUGUAUGCAGCACACAAUUCACUGGGAAAAGCUCAAAUAUGGUUUACCGGGAAAAGCGAUUCAAACUGUUGGCCAAACAUCCCGUUGCAGCUGCCCUUCAUUUUCAACGCAUUUUGAAGAUGGUUAUAAAAAAAGUCUUGGGUUGGAAUCGAAGCCAGCUAUUGCCAUACAGAUCGGGAGGUGUGUUUGGUGUUCCUAAAGGUUACCUGUAUCUCGUUGAAGAACAAUCGAGGCUCACACUGCACGCUCAUUUUCUUAUAUGGCUUUACGGCCAUGAGAAUAUAGAACGACAACUGCUCCGCGCGUCUAGACUGGACGAAGAAGAACGCAAAGCGAAUGAUGUAUCCCACAACAUGCACGAAUUAUUCCAGGUAAAUUUCCUUAAUUUUUAUUUCUAAUUUUUUUUGCAUCCAAAAGACAAAAAGAUCAUAAUUACUAUAAUACUAUUUCAAGUAAAAAUAUCAAAAUAACUUAAACGAAAAACGAAGCGUAAGAGCCUAAGAGGGGGUGGGGGUUGGUGCAAGGGUUGUUGGGUGUUGUGGUUUGGUUUGUUCUAACUGUUUAUAGAUUUUUCUUUAACUAUAACUAAUUAUUUUUUAUUUCAUAUUGCUUAUGAAAAUAAUAAAUUUUGUUGUAACUUAAGGUAAAAAGAGAGUGCGACGUGGGGUGGCGGGGCGAAGCCUCCGCCACACCUAAGUCGCACCCCUAAUGAUUCACAGAUAUUUUUUUAUGUUCCGAUAGGCCUAUGUUUGAUUGAUACUAUUUAAUCAAGCCCCUCUGUGGCACCUUCGAGAUUUUAAUAAGUCUCUUUUCGUUUUUAUUCUGUUUAUUCUAGUUCGUAAUAGUGUGUGAUAGCAGAUAUGUUCAUAGUCAUAGGCCUCAAGUAGUACUGAAAAUUUCAAUUAAUAAAACAAUACAAUUUGCAACUACUUGCAUUAUCAAAAACGUACAGUUAUAUACAGGAUUAUGAAAAUUCA